AUGAGCCCAGCAGCAACAGCAACAGCAACAGCAACCACUAAUACUAGUAGUACUAGUACUAGUACUAGUACUAGUACUACCACCAAAAAGUCGUACGACGAGCUGACCAUGAAACAACUCAUUGCCGAGUUGCAGAAACGGGACAAGCGCAUUGUCGAAUUGGAAAAGCAACUUCCCAAACCCAUCGACCCCGCCAAGACCAAAGUGCAGGCCUACAAUGUCAAACAACUCGCCAUCAAAGGCAUCAAAAAGGUCAUGGUGUACAAACCAGCUUGCAAACAGGGCCGCGCUCGAUUUGCUUGGAGCAGCAUGUGCGACGAAGCACGUGUUGUUUGGCCCAGGAUAUGUUGGAAACUCGGAGGGCCUCGCGGAUGGAGGACAAGAGAUCGAAGUGUGGGGCGGUGGGAGACAGCGGCCAAGUCGAGAAGGCCUGGCGAAGCGCGGCAAUCCCAUCACACGCCACACGGACUCGCCACUUUUCGUGCCUUUAUGGACCUAAAGGGUGCCGAAAAGACCAAGGGACAAAAAAUGUCGGUGGAAUUGUUCAAUGACUUUACGGGAUAUGCCAUUACAAAGAGCAUUCGAUACGAUACUCUUUCCAUCAAGAGCGAGAAUGUCAACAUUACUUACUUGGCCAAUAACGGUCAAAUUUGA